CACUGCAGGGCGCCGCCAAAUCCGGGCACCGUGUAAAGGCCCCGCUUUUUUCCCGCCUCCCGGAGCCAGGCGGCGGGUAGUGGGGCCACAGUUUCUGGCCGAGAGGGUGCAAGGCAAAAGCCUAGUUGGAGUGGAGGCUGGUGUGCGGAUCGCCGCGGGAGAAGGGCGGUAGGAACGAGUCCCAGGAGUAAAAAGGAAGCAAUGCAGAAAUCAGAGUGCCAAGAAGGUGUACAGUUGAGAAGCAGAGUGACAGGUAACUGUGAUCAGAGGACAUCAUCAAGGACACAAAUAAAACAUAGGACUUCAGCUGAACGCAGCAAAUCCUCAUCAUCUGUCGGUUCCCCAGAGUCUGCAAGAAAACUUCAUCCUCGACCAAGUGAUAAACUUAACCCUAAAACAAUUAACCCGUUUGGUGAACAGUCACGAGCCCCUUCUGCCUUUGCAGCUAUUUACUCUAAAGGAGGUAUUCCUUGCAGAUUGGUCCAUGGUUCCGUAAAACACAGAUUGCAGUGGGAAUGUGCUCCUGAAAAUCUUCCAUUUGAUCCUCUUCUUAUUACUUUAGCUGAGGGUCUGAGAGAAACUAAACAUCCAUACACCUUUGUGUCAAAGGAAGGCUUUAGAGAAUUACUUUUGGUCCAAGGGGCUCCUGAAAAAGCUGUGCGGCUGCUUCCUAGACUGAUCCCUGUGCUAAAGGCAGCUCUGGUCCAUGUGGAUGAUGAAGUGUUUGAAAGAGGACUGAACGCUCUGGUGCAGUUAAGUGUCGUUGUUGGUCCUUCUCUAAAUGACCACCUGAAACAUCUGCUUACAAGUCUGUCCAAGAGACUGAGGGAUAAGAAAUUCAAAGAGCCAAUCACCAGCGCAUUACAAAAGCUAGAGCAACAUGGUGGCAGUGGAAGCCUAAUCAUCAUCAAAUCUAAAAUCCCAACAUACUGCUCCAUAUGCGGUUGAGAACAGAGCCAGCAAAAAUCUUACUACGUGGUAACAAGUAUUAAAUGCUGACCAUGUGCAUGUGUGGGACCUUUUCAGACUCAACUUCAUUUUAUUCUUUUGUAAAUCAGAGCCACCAUUCAUAUGUAUGAGUUGAAGUUAGGUAUACACAAUUCCACUGAAUCUUAGUUAAAGUUAUUCAUUAACAAAAAAGUGGUUAAUCAUGAAAUCUAUUUAAGAAGUUCUACAAUAGUACAAUUCUGUGGGGUUUACUUUCAUACUUUUAUGGUUUGGGUGAACAGCAACAGUUGGGUUUAUGCCAGAUACGUUUAUAUUUAUUUUUUGGUGCCUUUUAUUUAUAACAUACCUUUUGCAAUCGAUUUGUAGCUCUGCACUCUUUUUUUAGACAUUCUGCUAUUUCUUGGGUUUUAUAUUUAUCAAGGCUACAGUAAUCUUAAACAGUGGACAAAUAUUUAUGAAUUCACUCUCAAUUAUUGUUUGUAAAUAUGUAUUUUAUAGUGUAAAGUGCUUGGGAAAGUUUCUUUCCGGAGUAUUCUAGCUUAAAAAAUUUUUUUAAUGUGUAAAUUCUCUUACAAGUAUGUUGUUUAUUACAACUCAUUAAAACUACCUAAACUUUAGGUGUUAUUUGUAAGUAAAUAAUAUUUUUUUAUAUUUCAUAGUCUGAAAAUAACUAAAGAUAUUCAGACAUGAACAUAUUCUGAAAUUAAAAUCUUAAAACUCACAUGUAUUCAGUAAUUUUGUGGUUGCUUUUGUUUUACAAUUCAAUUAAGAAUCUUUGAAAACAUAAUUUACAGGCAUAGUUCUUGGUGGUGACGUAGUAGAAGCUAACUCUGGAUCAUUCUAUAAGAAAGUAGAGGAAGAUAAACAGAAAACAAGAAUAACACCAUCCAUCCUAAGGGCAAGAAGAGGAGCCCAGAGGGACCUGAGUAGCCACACCAGGUCCAAUGCAGUGGAUGCUUCUGAAGGGCUGGAAAUUGGCGGUCACUCUUUUCAAUAGAUUAGCAAUCUAAUAUGGCAAUUUUAUAUCCCAGAAGCACUGGAGAGCAACACCCUUUCUCUGUUCUGUCCCUCGCACACCUGGAGUGACCUCUUUGCAUUUCUCAUUCAGAUACAGUCUCAUAGCUUUAAUUUAAAGAACACAAGUAAUUUCUGGGGAGUCGAAAAUUGUAGAAAUGUAGAAAUGCUGAACCUCCCUCAGAACUUUGGGCCUUCCUAGUUCUUGCCUGGUAGACACUUUCCUCAGAUCUCUGCUUAGCACAGCCUCAGGUGAUACUAGCCAAAACAUCUGCCUGCCCACUGACCUUCCUUUUUACUUUUCUUCAGUGCACUGAGUGCCACCUAAAGACAAAGAUAGCGAUGACCUAGAAAAUGCCGUAAAGAAAACAUAGCAGUUUUAAUCUAAUAAUAAAAAAAUUUGUUGGAAUAAAGACCUAUGACAUAGACAGUAGAGUUAUAAACAUUUCAUUUGCUUUUAUUUUUUCUUUUUGAAAUACAAAAUGUGCACAUUAAGUUUACACAAACACGUGAUGGCCAGUUUCAGUGUACAUGUAUUGUACUACUCUUAAUGUCUACACUGGUGAUAGCAGGGCAGCUUUCAACAUCCUAUGUCUACACCAGAAUAGAUACCUGAUUUAGUGUUGCAAGGACAGUUGCAAAUUUCCUCCUCCUGUAUCCUCUUGGUCCUUGUGAUAUUUCUGCACAACAGGGAAGAUGUGUAUAUCCUGUAGUAAUGGCAACUUUACAAUUUUGGCUUACAAUCAUUAAGAAUAAUCUGAAUUAUUGGAGUUUUAUGAUGAACUAAAUCAUAAUACAAUCCAAAUGUGUUGCUUAGUUUUAUAUUCAUUUUCUAUGAAAUUUAUGUAUUGUAGUUCUCAACAUAAUGGGAUCACUGGUGCUUUCAAAGUGAGUAAUACCACUUGGUGUUUAUUCCUAGUAGGCGUUGGAGAAGUCAAGGUUUCUUGGUCCCUGAAUGGCGUGUAAUAUAAAUGUGCCACAAGGGAGUCAGGAGCAAGGGGAUGGAAUAGGCCCUCAAUGCUGUUAAGAAUUCCUUGUUAACCAUUAUUAUGGUAUACAGGGGGACACAUGAUCUUGUCCCUUUGCACAGGCCUAGGAGCAUCCUUGCUUUGUUUCACACCUUCCUGGACUUCCACUUAAUGACACAGCAGAAAACAGUCAAUCUGUAUGAUUGAACAAAUCCAAAAUUAUAUACAUCAUGUAGGCCUUGGCUGUCAUAUGAAUUAUGAAAAAUUAAGUGCUUAUUAAAUAAGCUUUA